GAAAAUUUUCUAAGAUUAUUUGCUUUACAUGCUAAAAAAAAGGUUUCGAUUUUUAGUUGCCUAUUUUGGUAUCUGAAGCCUCUGAUUCUGAUUAUCUGUGUUUCGUUCACUUUGUAAUGUGGGUUCUUGUGUAGAUUUUCAGACAGAUUACCUUCUUGCAUGUGCCCAGAUCAACCUAUAGAUAACUGAGAUUUGGUGUCCGAAUUGAUUUCUUUGCUCUCUGUUCUUGUGGAGAGAGCCUUUCAUUUUCUCCUUGUGAAAGAGAAAACGAGAACGGUGGCUCUGCUCGGUGAAUAGAUUAUGGAACAUGAUUUACCGUCUAUUAAAUCAUGGAAGUCACUUGUUAAGAGAAGAAACAACGCUCAAGAAGGGGGUAAAUCGUCGUGGAAAAUGAAACCGGUUAUGGCGCUCAUGUGUACAGUUCUAUUGAUCUUUUGGUAUAAGACCACAAAUAUCCAGUAUCAACAGACAGAGCUAGAAGAAACAGAUUAUCCCUUUGAGAUGGCAAAGGAAUCUGAACCGGUGAGUGAAAAGUUGAAAGGUUUACCUUUUGGUAUCAUACAGCCUAGAUCAGAUUUGGAGUUAAAGCCACUUUGGUCAAGUAGUAGUUUGAGGUCAAAGGGAGGCGAAUUGACAAACCGUAACUUGUUGGCAAUCCCCGUAGGACUUAAGCAAAAGGAUAACGUCGAUGCUAUUGUAAAGAAGUUUCUUCCGGCGAAUUUCACUGUUAUUCUGUUUCAUUAUGAUGGAAACAUGGAUCAAUGGUGGGAUUUGGAGUGGAGCUCAAAAGCCAUACACAUAGUUGCACAUAACCAGACAAAAUGGUGGUUUGCAAAACGGUUUCUCCAUCCUGAUAUUGUCUCCAUUUACGAUUAUGUUUUUCUUUGGGACGAAGAUCUUGGAGUGGAGAAUUUCAACCCGCAAAAAUACCUGAGGAUAGUUAAAUCAGCAGGACUUGAGAUAUCUCAACCGGCCUUGCACCCAAAUUCAACCGAAGUUCACCAUCGAAUUACAGUCCGAUCUAGAACGAAGAUUUUUCAUAGAAGAGUUUACGACAGUAGAGGCAAUAUGAAGUGCUCAAAUGCUAGUGAAGGACCUCCAUGCACCGGAUUUGUUGAAGGAAUGGCUCCAGUGUUUUCGAGAUCUGCGUGGUUUUGCACUUGGAAUCUAAUACAAAAUGAUCUGGUUCAUGGGUGGGGAAUGGAUAUGAAACUUGGUUACUGUGCACAGGGUGCCCGUAGCAAGAAAGUUGGCAUUGUUGACAGUGAAUACAUCUUCCAUCAAGGCAUUCAAACUCUAGGUGGAAGUGGUUAUCCCGAGAAGAAGAACUCAGCUCGCAGUGGAGUCACUAGGAGACGUGGUUCUGCGACCUUUGAUUCAAGAACAGAGAUACGGAGGCAGUCAACAUGGGAGCUACAAACAUUUAAAGAACGAUGGAAUCGAGCGGUUGAAGAAGACAAGAACUGGAUCGACCGGUCUUCAUCAACUCGGAACCGGAUUGGCAAUAACCGGAGAUUAAAGCGGAGUAGUGUGAUUUCAAGUUUAGUGCAGAGGAAAGCUGAAGAGACUACUAAAUAAACACAUACUGAUUAAAUAUAGCAAAAGGUUUUGUCUCAUUGUUUAUAUUUGAUUUGAUAGUUAAUCCACACUACUCUCUUUGAUUAGUGUAGAUUUUAUUUUCUUAUUUAGAUGUGGUUCAGAGCCUCUCCAUAUUUCAUUAAUUCCACAUCUUUGAGCAUAAUUUUUCAAAAGGAAAUUUGGG